AGCUCUGUGUCAGCAAGCAAUUUCUCCAACUUAAAUAUUACCACUUUAUUUACAUGGCUCUCUCUCUCUUCUUCAUUCAACGUUAAAUUGCUCACCACCUGUUUGUUAUUCGUCCACAAUGGCCAUUUCCAUAUACAGCACUCUCCUCCCCUUCCCAAAACUCACCGUUUCGAGCAGAAAAUCCCAUACCUUCGCAGGCUCAAACCCAUCAAACCUCACCAUCCCAACAACCUCCACCGUCUGCGCCAAGGCGCUCCACUCAAAAACCAGCGACUCCUUGUCCUCCAUAAUCACCGAGCUCGAAAAAGAAAGUCUCAACAAGGACGAUCAGAAUCAACGACAAGAAGAUAUUAACACUACCCACGACGAGCGCCGUCUAUCCAACGUAUGGCGGGAGCUCCACGGCCAAGACGACUGGGUCGGGUUACUCGACCCGAUGGACCCGCUUCUGCGAUCCGAGCUCAUCCGCUACGGCGAAAUGGCCCAGGCCUGCUACGACGCCUUCGACUUCGACCCCUUCUCCAAGUACUGCGGCAGCUGCCGCUUCGUCCCCCGCAGCUUCUUCCCGUCUCUGGGCAUGGCCCACCUCGGCUACCGCGUGUCACGCUACCUCUUCGCCACGUCAAACAUCAACCUCCCCAACUUCUUCAAGAAGUCGCGCUGGCCAAAAGUCUGGAGCAAAAACGCCAACUGGAUCGGAUACGUCGCCGUUUCGGACGACGAAACGACAGCCCGUUUAGGCCGGCGCGACAUCAGCAUCGCGUGGCGGGGCACCGUGACCCGGCUCGAGUGGAUCGUGGACUUAAUGGACUUUUUAAAGCCCGUUUCCGGGAAUAAGAUCCCCUGCCCUGAUCCGACCGUCAAAGUCGAAUCCGGGUUUCUGGAUCUUUACACCGAUAAAGACGUGACGUGCCGAUAUUCUACGUUUUCGGCGAGGGAACAGAUUUUAACGGAGAUCAAGCGAUUGGUGGAGAUGUAUACCGGCGAGGAAUUGAGCAUUACGAUCACCGGGCACAGCCUCGGGAGCGCGCUGGCGAUUUUGAGCGCGUACGAUAUAACGGAAACGGGUUUGAACGUGACGGCGGACGGUCAGGUCGUGCCCGUAUCCGUUUUAUCGUUCUCGGGUCCUCGGGUCGGGAACGUGCGGUUUAAGGAGCGGCUUGAGUCGCUGGGGGUGAAGGUGUUGAGGGUUGUGAACGUUCAUGACGUGGUGCCUAAAUCGCCUGGGCUGUUCUUUAACGAACAUGUGGCGCCACGGCUGAUGAAGUUGGCGGAGGGCUUGCCGUGGAGCUACUCGCAUGUCGGGGUCCAGCUUGAGUUGGAUCAUAAAAACUCACCGUUUUUGAAGCAGACGAGUGAUCCUGUUUGUGCGCAUAAUUUGGAGGCUCACUUGCAUUUGCUUGACGGAUACCAUGGGAAAGGGCAUAGAUUUGUGCUAGCGAGUGGAAGAGACCCAGCAUUGGUGAACAAAGCCUCUGAUUUCUUGAAAGAUCAUUACUUGGUUCCACCUUACUGGAGGCAAGACGAGAACAAGGGCAUGGUGAGGAGCAAGGAUGGCCGUUGGAUCCAGCCCGAACGCCCGAAACUCGAUGAUCACCCUGAAGACAUACACCACCAUCUCAAACAAUUAGGCCUUGCCUCCGAUCAUUAGUUACUAACCACAAGAAGAUAAAAAUAAAAAUAAAAGCUUCAACUGUAUAAUAUAACGUGGGGUUCUUACUUGUUAGUUAUAGAAAACAUUAGUUUCUGGGAUUUUUAUGGUUAAAAUAUAUAAUGACUGUAAGGAGAUGAUCAGUGACUAGUGUUGCAUACUGUAUUUUCUGCAUAUAUAUAUAUAUAUAUAUAUAUAUAUAUGAAGAUUGUUAGGCUUUAGUAAUUAGUGGGUCACUUCUUGUUAGUUAAUUUAGUACCUUAAUGUUGAUCGUUGGGAAAAUGUAAUAAAACCUAUGGUGCUGUCACGAUGCAUGAAAGAAUUAACUACUAGUCUAGUUGUAUUUCUCUUGGAAAUAUUUAGGUGAGUUUUAAGUUUGAAUCCCCUAUUUCGGUCAAUAAAGAAGACGAGUUUGAAGUU